AUGGGUCGCUCUCAGGAGCUCAGUGAAUUCAAGCGUAGUACCGUGAUAGGUUGUCACCUGUGCAAUAAGUCCAUCCGUGAAAUUUCCUUGCUACUAAAUAUUCCAUUGUCAACUGUUAGUGGUAUUAUAACAAAGUGGAAGCAACUGGGAACAAAAGCAACUCAGCCACCAAGUGACAAUUUUAGUAAAUAAACCCCAAAUUGUCUGCAGAGUCAAUAACCAAAGACCUCCAAACUUCGUGUGGCCUUCAGUUUAGCACACCAACAAAGCAGAGAGAGCUUCAUG